UCAAGCCGUUGACAGAAUAGUGCAGACGCUCUGGUUGCUUACAACUACGCUACAUUUAUUGAGAAAUGGACAGCAGGGAACGGAAUAACAAUUCGUGAAAUUCAAUAUGAACUUUUCCGGACUUUAAUAUUUCACCCACGCGACGUCCCCGGGGCGAAGGAUAGGGCGUAUUAUCACCCUCGCGUCGACCACUGAAAGCCAAGAGACAUUAAUAAACAUUAAGCGUCGUCAGCUAACAGUUAGCAGACAGAAACACGACUCAGAGUAUUGCGUUACUGUUUCUUUUCUCUUAGCCUGUCACGCAGCCAGCAAGGAGACCCCCAGAGACUGAAGCAGAGAGAUGCAGUCAUCAGCGCAGCACGGGCAGGCUUGACUCUGGUUUCAGACAACCAUGGAGUCCUCUUCUGAGUCCCAGCUGGAGCCUGACACAACUUUGCACCAUGCAGAGUUGAGAGAGCAUCAUGCCGCCUCUGCUGCUGUAACGUACAGCGAUGACACCGUCCUUCUGACCCCAGGCAGGAUGAGCCAACGGCAGGCGAAGGAGCGGGAGAAGGACAAGGAGAAGGACAAAGAGAAGGAGGCAGGCCUCCAAACACCCAACAGGGAACACAUUGCAACCCCCUCUAACCUCAGCCCAGGGGUCAGCUACAGCCACGGUUUUGAGAGAGUGAAGGAGGACCUCCUGCCUCUGCCUUUGAAAGAGGACUCUAAUUCCAUAUCAAAGAGCAAGUCUGAAACAAAGCUGUACAAUGGCUCGGAUAAGGAUGUGCCAGCGUCUGGUGGAAAGCUCACCAAGAAGGAGUCCCUCAAGGUGCAGAAGAAGAACUACAGAGAAGAAAAGAAGAGGGCGACCAAGGAGCUACUCAGCACCAUCACGGAUCCCUCUGGUAUCGUCAUGGCUGACUGGCUGAAGAUCCGAGGCACACUAAAGAGUUGGACCAAGUUGUGGUGUGUGCUGAAACCAGGCGUCCUCCUCAUAUAUAAGACUCACAAAAACGGCCAAUGGGUGGGAACGGUACUGCUGAAUGCCUGUGAACUCAUCGAGAGGCCUUCCAAGAAGGACGGCUUCUGCUUCAAGCUCUUUCACCCCCUGGAGCAGUCCAUCUGGGCUGUCAAGGGUCCUAAAGGAGAAGCGGUGGGCUCUAUCACGCAACCGUUACCCAGCAGCCACCUCAUCUUCCGAGCUUCGUCAGAGUCUGAUGGUCGGUGCUGGAUGGACGCAUUGGAGCUGGCCCUGAAGUGUUCCAGUCUGCUAAAGAGGACCAUGAUCCGGGAGGGGAAGGAGGACAUGAGCACAGUAUCCGCCGGUGGAGAGCACUCCAUUAAUUUCUACAGCCUCCUCAGGGCACACAACAUGCAUGGUUUCCAGUUUAACGACACUGACCAUCUGAAAGACCCGGACCUGUACUCAGAUAAAUCAGACAGGGAGGGAGAACAAGACCACGAGGAGUCAGACCCAGAGGGCCUGGAAAAGAGCGAGGAGAGCGACAGCGACACAUCAGAGCGCCAGGAUGACUCUUACAUCGACCUGGACCCCAAUGAGCAUCUGCGGGAAACCCCAUACAUGGAGCAGUCACAUGAGGAGCUGGGGGAGGCCGGUGAGGCUGCUCAGACAGAGACUGUAUCUGAGGAGAAUAAAUCUCUAAUCUGGACUCUGCUGAAGCAAGUGCGACCAGGCAUGGAUCUAUCCAAGGUUGUGCUGCCCACUUUUAUCCUGGAGCCAAGAUCCUUCCUGGACAAACUGUCCGAUUACUACUAUCACGCUGACUUCCUGUCAGAAGCUGCAGUUGAAGAGAACGCCUAUAACCGUAUGAAGAAGGUGGUGAAAUGGUACAUUUCUGGAUUUUACAAAAAGCCAAAGGGGUUGAAGAAACCUUACAACCCCAUCAUUGGAGAGACGUAUCGGUGCAUGUGGCUCCAUCAGAAGACCAACAGCAAGACAUUUUACAUUGCAGAACAGGUCUCCCACCACCCACCAGUGUCAGCCUUCUAUGUCAGCAACAGGAAAGAUGGGUUCUGCCUCAGUGGCAGCAUCCUCGCCAAGUCCAAGUUUUACGGAAACUCACUGUCGGCCAUAUUAGACGGCGAGGCUCGGCUCACGUUCCUCAACAGAGGGGAGGACUACAUAAUGAACAUGCCUUACGCUCACUGUAAAGGCAUACUGUAUGGAACCAUGACCCUGGAGCUGGGUGGUCAGAUCACUAUUGCAUGUGAAAAAACAGGCUACAGCGCUCAGCUGGAGUUCAAACUAAAGCCGUUCCUGGGCAGCAGCGAUUGUGUCAACCAGAUUUCUGGAAAGAUCAAGCUGGGAAAGGAGGUGUUGGCUACUCUAGAGGGACACUGGGACAGCGAGAUCUUCAUCAACGACAAGAAGACGGGGACGGUGGAUACUUUCUGGGACCCAACGCCAGAGCUGAGACAGAACAGGCUGACCCGCUACACCGUCCCACCUGAAGAGCAGGGGGAGUUUGAGUCAGAAAGACUGUGGCAGCAUGUGACUCGAGCCAUCAACAACAAGGACCAGACUGAGGCUACCAACGAGAAGUUCAUCCUGGAGGAAGCUCAGAGAAAGGCAGCCCGUGAGCGCAAGGCCAAAUGCGAGGAGUGGGUCUCUGCCUUGUUCGAGCAGGACCCCAUCACCGGAGAAUGGCAUUACAGAUAUGCCGACACAAGGCCGUGGGAUCCACUCAAUGACCUCAUUCAGUUUGAGAAAGAUGGCUGCAUCCAGACCAAGGUCCAACACUGCACCCCUAUGGUACGUUCUGGCAGUCUUAUUAGUCUGAGUAACCAGGGGCCGCGGAGGGACAAUUGCAAGUGCCAGGUAAUGGUGCCAAAGAGAAAACACAAGAGCGACAAGCCCAAGAGCCCAGAAAGUGGGUGCUCCUCACCAGAACCUGAUCGACACGACUCAUCUGGCAGUGAGCGACACAAAAGCAAGCAUAACAGCCGGCUGAGGAAAAAGGGUGCAGACCUCACUGAACUUCAAAGUGCCAUCGAAUCUAUAAAGCAGACGCAGGAGGACAUUAACAGGAGCAUCACUGUACUGCGGAGCCGUACAGUAAGCCAGGCAGAAAGCAGUUCCUUCCUCCAGCAGCGGGACUACGUCGUCAUCGCUUUCCUCAUCAUCCUUCAGGUUCUGAUCAACUACAUUUUCAAGUAGCAGCCACAAGGCCCCCCUCACACACACAACCCUUGAAACCUAACCAUCGAGAUGGAGAUUUUUAGACCUCUGCUUCCAUCCUUCUCUCUGCCUAAUAAACCCAUAUACUUAUGUUCUGAGAAGCAGAAGCCUCCCCUCAAAAAGAGAGAGUUUUUAACAUAUUCAUUUGUUACCAUCACAAUACCAAAUCUCUGCCGAGAUGCGCAUAUUUCAUGGAGGACAGGAGCUGUGGGCAGACAUUCCUGAAGAAGGGAAUUUCAUGUGAGAAAGUCUCGACUGCCUCUCGGGAAUUUUUAUUCAUUUGCCUUGAUAAUGAAGGCAAAGACAGCAGCCAUUUUCUUUGUGCUUUUUAAUUAUUGUUUUUUUUAUGGAAUGAUGCUACUCUGUUUCACAUUUCACCUCAAACGACAUGGAACCUGUCAACACAAAAACAAGGACCACAGCUCAGAUUGUAACACAGGCACAUUUUUAGCAUUCCUCUCUCUUUUCUGAUCACAUCUGGAAGUCUGCUCAGAACAUAAAACAACAAACAUGAGAAAAGGGAAAGAAAAGCAGGGUGGUCCAACCUGCGUGACUUUUAUUUUUGUAUUAUCAGAUCCUCCUAUAUUAACUCUGGAUUCCAUACGUGGAAAUAGAAGACAACAAUACAAGCGACAAAAGGAACAGAAGCUAUAGAACUCCACUUUUUGCAUACAAGGUCAUUGUUUAGAAGAAAAACAAUCACAUGUUUGACACGUGGUAUGUGUAUAUUGUAAGUAUUGUGUACAAACUGGAAUGAACUUUAACCCUUUGGGGACCAUUUUUGUCUUAUGGCACAAAUGCACUGGAAAAGUGAGACAUUUGCAUUGUUCCUGCACUCAUCCGUUACAUCACUUCAACAUGGGAUCAAACUGAUGCUCUCAUUAAGGAAACAAAUUGAAAUAUAUAUAUUUAAGCCCUUUUUGGAAUAUCUUGGUUAUCACUGCCCUUCUACUAAUCUCUGAGCUUAUGGUUGAGAUUACCAAUCACCAAAGGUUUCAACGAAGUUUAGAGCAGCACUCUAACACGUCUUAGACCUCAUUUUGUAGUAUUUGUAGUUUUUUUUCCAAGAUCAGAGUGAACAAAUUAUCAAGAUUUCUGCUCACUAUUUAACAUCCUUUAUCAGAUGAGUAAAUCUCUAUAGCAACUAACGCCUCACGUCUAAGUUGGUAAACGAUGUAUUUGACCAAUAGUUUAUUGGUGUUAUUAACAUGUUUUCACCAAUGCGGUUCUAGUGUCAAACUAGGUCUGGUGUUGUAGCUGAUUCUUAACCGGUUCUAUAGGAAAUCCAGCAACAAAGACCUAAAUCACACCAUUGAUGACCUAAUAUCACUGGGAUAAAUAUUGACGUCCCAGUCGGGAUUUAUGGUUCCCAUUGCUGACCCAAUUAGUUUAAUCACAGCACUAAGUCACUUUCUGAUGACGUUCAGGAAGCUGCAGAUAUUUUUUCCUAACUGGAGUUUGAUUGUUGUAAUAACAUUUAUUAUUGAGAAGGAUCUAAUAAUAUAAUAUACAACAUACAAUGUUUUUAUAUAAAAUGUAAAUAAAACAGAUUAAGUUUGUUUGUUUUCAAAUUUGAUACUUCUUUUAUAAGUUUUAGUAUCUUUUAAAAGAUGUCUUAUUCCCUAUCAGAAAACAAAAAUCUUUUUUUUAAAGAAAAUAAUUUUAAACCUAAAUUUACUAGGAGUAUGAAUCCCUUUGGGCUUUAAUGAAGGUCACUCUUCUUUCUCUUGGCAGGAUUUAUAAACAACAGCAGACUUUAGAAAUUCAGUUGAGGAUUGCAUGCGUGAAAACAGCGCUGAUAUUUUUAUGCUACAGUAUAGAAAGGGGGUCAUAUUGGAUAAAAACAGGCAGAUAUUAGUGCAAACCUGACAUAAUGUUGGGACAUGAUGUUGCUGUUGGUUGUGUCUUAAAUUAAGCAAGCUAUAAUUGAAACUGACACUGUAGCUUUAAAACCCGGUGCUUGCACCGUUUCAAUUGACUGUUGGUGUCCACGAUCCCUCAUUCAGCUCCUUACCAAAUAGUUUCUUUAAAAGUCUUGCCAAAAUAAAACCUGUUUUUGGGUGCUUCGGUUAAAAAUAAGUGCCAAGCAACAGUUUAACAUGUGAACUGGAUUGGUGGAAAACUAAUGUUAAAGCAAGUAACUGUUUAGUGUGCAGAAAUAGAAAUAUAACAGAAAUAGACUCCAGGUAAGGAAAAAAACCUCACUUAUUCACUGCCUGACUGCAGUGGCUUCACUGCACGUCCCGUAGAGAGCAUCAUUUGCCUCCUCCAGCGCAUUUGAGCCUUAGAUUUUAAACAUGUAACCUAGAUUAGACAUGUUAUGAAGCUCCUCAUCAGAGCAUGUAGACUUUUUCUAACUGUCGCCAUGUAAGAGCAUUCCAAAUGUACAAAAACGUCCAGCAAAACUCUGUAGAGUAGAAGUCUGUUCAAUUCACUGUGUAAAUAUCUAGGUGGGCAACAGCUCCUCCAGAGCAGCACGCAGACACUCACUGUGUGCACAAAUCUUAUUUCUUAGACUUGCUCAAGUUGAAAAUGUAAUCGACUAGUCCGUAAAGAUCCAGAUAAGUUUAGGAGCACUGUUUCAAUGUGUAUUUUAUUCAUGUCUUCGCCUAUUAUGAUGUUAGCCUUGUCGACGUUUACACAUGCAAUUGCCUCCACCGUCAGCAGACUGUUAAAGUGAUGGAAGCGUUGGGACACUGAGACCGGUAGCAUUGGUAGGAGCCAGCUGCACACACCCCCCCACCCACCCACCCCACCCACACACCCCAGAAGUUACCCGGCUGGCCCGAAUGUAUGCGUCUGUGUGUUGCCGUGCAUCCUCAUUGCCUCAGAUGGUAGAAUGUGGACAAAUAAGUAUAUACCAGUGCCUUUUAGAGUCUGACUUGGUGUGAGGUAGUACCUCAGUGGAGGUGGAAGGAGGGCAAGAGAGCUGUGGACAGGGUGGGAGAGAAGAAUAGUCUGAGUCCAGGUCUUAAAGAGGAGUGGUAACGAGGGAUCUGCUGGUGAAUAGGUGGUGUCGGACUUGGACUAGGACUUGUAGUCACUAUAGAGCUGUAGUGUGGACGUGCCAUAUGAAAUCUGACUCCACAGGUAGAGAUCCUGCCCAGCUCCUGAAACGCCCCCUCAGAAACUAUGAUGCAUCUGUAGGUUCCUGAAGGCUGAUCCCUGCCACAGGAGAGAGAGUGGUGUUUUCCUUCUUUCUCUCUCACCCCCUUGUCUUCAACACACCAAACAUGGAGGGAAUCGACCAUCUUUACUGUAUGUUGUUGUUGCCGUGUCUGUGAAAUACUGUUUUAUUUAUUCCUCUUUUCUACGUGGAUUUAUGUUGAACAUUUCUUUCAGGUCAUAGUUUUAGGUCACUGUUCUUUUGUCUUUUUUUGUCUGUUUUUUUUAACAGUGAUUUAAAAUGAACAUGCUCGUUUUUAUUCCACACCACGUUAACAUCGAACACAAGGGACUGUCCAAACUGACUAACUUAUACACACACAUCACACACCUUUUUCCUAUUCAAGUAAUUGAAUAUAUUUACUGUAUCUCCAUGGAAACUGUAACUUCUUGGAAGUUUAUGGUCACAUGUAACCCAAUAAAAACAAAUGGCAUACUUC